UCCCUUUAAAGCGGAGAGGGACAGAGGGGGCGAAGAGGAGUUAAAAAAAGAAAAGACUCGGGGAGGGAGGGCGAGAGGAGCGAUUUUGAAAAAAACAGAAAGAUGUCAUCCCGCCGAUUCAAACGCCGAGGCGGAGCCACGGACCGCGGCCGGCCGGGGGCCCUCUAGCGAGGGGAAGCGCUCCACGCAACACCGAGGCUUUGACUCCUCCUGCGGCCUUUCGGCAGCCAACGCGAAUGCACGCGCCCGGGACCGCAGCGGGACAUGACUGCACGUCCCGACCCCCCCAACCGCACCAAAAGCCCGAGUCCGCCUCACGCCGGCCACCAGUUUUCAUGACAGUCCUCCUCGUUAAGUUGUGUUAAAAUGAUGGCCGCCAUGGCGCCGAGCCGUUUGUCGCGUUUCCACAAGCGUCCACUCGGCGGCACAUCAAAGCGAGUUUAAUUGGAGCGGGAGUUCGCGCCUUUCCACACCGACCGAACCGAGCAGGUGCGCGGCUGCCGCGGGCCUCGGGCAGCGCUUCUCAGCGGUCCUCCUCCCUCCCCCUCUGCGGGCCCGGGCGGGAUGGACACCUCCUGGAGCAAUUUCCUCUUUCAGACGGCGCCGACUCCCAACCAGCCGGAGACGCAGCUGCAGGCCGAGCUGCUGCCGGAGCUGAGCGGCCCGGCCCAGAGUCCCCCGGAGGAGCAAAUCAUCGCGCCGCCGUCCACGGUGGACACGGCCGCCCUGAGCGAGGAGCCUCUGCAGGUCAAGCCGCUCGCCAAACCCCUUCGGCCCGCCCACAUCUGCGCCACCUGCAACAAGGAGUUCAAGAACAGCUACAACCUGCGGCGCCACCAGUCCGUCCACACGGGCAUCAAGAUGAAGGACCGCGCGGCGCGGGAGAAGGAGGACGUGGCCAAGGCGGCGCGCUUGGAGAAGCCCUCCAUCCCGCUGUCCCUCCUGCAGCUCACCCUGCCCACACAGCCCCCCCCUGCCGCCCCGGAGGCCCUGUCCCAGCCCGGGCAGCUCGCCACCCAGGACGGCCAGCACAUCGCCGUGUCCAUCGCCCCGGCAACUGUUACCAUGGCAGCGCCCCAGCCCAUUCAAGCGGUGGUGGUGGUGGGGUCCAUGGAGCAGAACCCCAACCCCAGCCCCCUCCCCAACGCCAACCAGGUGAGGAAGAACCACGCCUGUGAGGCCUGCGGGAAGGCCUUCAGGGACGUGUACCACCUGAACCGCCACCGGCUGUCCCACUCAGACGAGAAGCCGUACUCCUGCCCCAUCUGCCAGCAGCGCUUCAAGAGGAAAGACCGCAUGAGUUACCACGUGCGCUCGCACCAGGGCGGCGUGGAGAAGCCCUACAUCUGUCCGCACUGCGCCAAGGCCUUCUCCAGGCCGGAUCAUCUGAACAGCCACGUACGGCAGGUCCACUCCACGGAGCGACCCUUCAAAUGCACGACGUGCACGUCGGCGUUUGCCACGCGGGACCGCCUCCGUGCACACCUGAUCCGUCACGAGGAGAAGGUGCCGUGUCACAUAUGUGGGAAGCUGCUGUCGGCGGCGUACAUCACCGACCACAUGAGGGUCCACAACCAGUCGCAGCAUCACUCCUGCCACCUUUGCAACCGCAGCUUCACCACGCUCACCUACCUGCGGGUCCACGCGCAGAAGCACCACGGACAGGAGUGGAAGGAGAGCGGCGGGGCUCGCGGCGGCUUCGGUGGGACCGGGGCUGGAGGGGUGUUACUCUGCCAGCUGUGUGGCGUCCAGUGCAAGACGGCCACUCAGCUGCAGGGUCACAUGGGCACCCACGCCCAACAAGGCGACCCCGACCCUGACCCGACCAGCGCGGCGCCCACGGGAUCCACCAGCGUGGCGGUCACCGUGUCCAGCACCAGCGCAGUGGGACUGCUGGUUACUGACUGCUCCAGUAUUGCCCCCCAGCCUCACAGCUAGCACGCUGGGGGGGGCAGCUGGGGUGGGGUGGGGUGGGGCUCGGGACGGAGGCUGAGGGAACAACGAAUGGAACAUGAAGAGAAGAAGAGGGACACGGCGGGAGGUCCAGGAGCGGCGAUGGCGUUUGUGGUCCUGCAGGGAUCUUCUGACUGGAAGAUGGGGCGGAGGCAGCCAGCCUCUGGGCCACGGACCCAUUUCUGGACCGGAUCCGCCUGGAACAUGGUCAGAACUGCACGGCCUCCCGGACUCCAUGAUGAGGAACUUUGUGGGAUUCUGGAGACCCGGAGUGUUUCCAUCCCUGUAGCUGCUAUGUUGUGUUUCUCUGGUAGUUUGGUGAAGCCAUCUGUUCUCCACACGCCACGAUAUCCAUGUUUGUUUACCAUCAUGAAGCCGUCCGGAUUUGUUGUCUUUAUUUUGGCGGGACUUUGGACGCAGCAGCGUGUUUCUCAGAGGGCGCUUUCCUGUGGACGGACCGCCGUCGGUGCGUCGCUGCGGGACUGCUUCUGGUUCUGGACGCCGGUGUCAGUCUGACCCGGGACGGGCUGUGUCGUCCGUUCCUCGGUGACUCUUCUGUGCGUUCUGAUUGUACUUUGAUGCAUAGUGACCGUAUUUAAAGGCAGUGACAUGCAUGCAGGAUGCCAGCGAGAGCUUUGUGUGUCUGGGAUCCACAGAAGCAGAGGAAACAGGUGAGUUUCCAAACAGCGCCGCCUGCUGGCCGUGCAGCCGACUGUUUCAUUUUCCUUCAGUUGUGUUGGACCGGCGAGCCAAACUUUGGCCCAGGAGUCGAACUAUUGAAUCUAACCCGACCAACUGGAAUCCAUUGAUAACCCUAAUUAUAAUGUUUUAUUUUCUGUGUCCCUACAAAUAAACUGACCUUUGUUUAAGUGCA